UAAAAUGACAACUUGACAACAAGGAAUCAAGUAAUUAAAAACAAACUUUUGGAUAAUUUAAUUUGUAAAUCAAAGAAUCAUGAAUGUUAACGACGUAAUUUAUUUUUCAUCUCUCUUAAUAUGUCUAUCUCUCGGUUCUCAUUACAAAGAAAUCGCCAAAACUGACAUGAAACGGAACUAUGGGGCUGGUCUGGGAUUGCUCGUUGCAUUUCUAAUUUGUGGUCACUACAUAUUACAUACUUUCAUAAUGGUUUGUGGUAAUGUCUUGAUACUAAAGUCCUGUGACCGUCGUUACGUCCAUCAAAUAAGUUUGGCAUAUUCAUGGACAUAUCUUUUGUACAUACAUCACAAUGUACCGUCUCAUUCGUACAUGAUUGGGAUAUUUCAAAUUAUCGCGCUAAGACUGGUGGGACUCGCUUGUGAGUUAAGUAUACCUGAGAAGCCGAGAUCAAACUACCGCGAAACGACCCCCAACGAGGCUGAAGUGAUGCCGGUACCUGAGGCAGUCGAUAUUCUAGCUUAUGCUUAUUACUUCAUUGGAAUACAUAAAGGUACUUAUUAUAGAUGGAGAAUAUUUCAAGAUCACCUAAAUGCACCUUUCAGUUCAGUUGGCGAUUGCAGAAUAGUCACCGAGGAGAAAAUUAAGAAAGCGAUCCUGUGCGCCGUCGGAUACAUGAUGCUUCGCUCCAGAUUUAACACUCACAUGUACGAAGAGAAUCGUUUCUACACACACUUUGGAACCGACUACCGCUACCUCUUUAACAUACCAUUGCUGCUGAUGUUUUACUUGAACACUGAGAUGAUAGCACUGCUCGGUACAGCAGUCUGCACGGAGUCCGGCUUCGGCCUGUACCCUGUCAAGUGCGCGCCUCUCCCUGGCAGCGGACCUUCCACACAUUAUAGUGUUAUCAAUUUAAUCACUAAAACACCAGACGCUGCGUCAGAACAAGAGUACAACGUACAAAUGUUGAAUUCAUUUGAGAUCGAGAAGUUGAUCCUGGGACCCAAGAUGAAGGACACGAUGCGAGGCUGGGACAUGUCCAUACGAUACUGGUACUGGGCGUACGCUUACAGGAAGUUUAUAAAGGCCAAUAAGCAAGUAAGGAGUGCGUUCUCGUUCAUGCUAUGGACGCUGUGGUGCGGGCCGUCGAUACCUCAGAUCAUCAUAUCAACCACGCUGUGGGUUAUCAUACAUCUGGAGUCUGAGUACAGUGAAUUGUAUGACACAGAGGGAUCGAUGAAAUUGCCUUGGGAUAUUGGCUUCUCGAUAAUGCGUAUGUUUUGCUUGCUGUACCUGACCCCAUGUUUCGUUGUAGACGACACCGGAGUUGUUUUGAGAUAUUAUAACUCCAUAUAUUGGAUGUUCCAUAUUAUAUUAUUUGUUCUAAUGUUUAUUGCUGUUAUAAUAUUCAAGAGUCGUGGUGAUUAA